AUGAGCGGCAGCGGGGCGCGGGGCGCGGCGGCGGCCGAGCGGGAGGAGUUCGUGGGCUUCUUCCCACAGGUCGUCCGCGACCUGACGGAGGGCGGCCUGGGGCACCCGGAGGUGGGCGAUGCCGUGGCCCGGCUGAAGGAGGUGCUGGAGUACAACGUGCCGGGCGGGAAGUGCAACCGCGGGCUGACGGUGCUGGCCGCCUUCCGGGAGCUGGCGGCCCCCGGGCAGCAGGACCCGGAGAGCCUCCGGUGCGCACUGGCCGUCGGCUGGUGCAUCGAGCUGUUCCAAGCCUUUUUCUUGGUGGCUGACGACAUCAUGGAUGCAUCCCUCACCCGCCGGGGACAGCUCUGCUGGUACAAGAAGGAGGGGAUCGGUCUGGAUGCCGUCAACGAUGCCUUCCUCCUCGAGUCGUCCGUCUACAGGCUGCUGAAGAAGUACUGCGGGGAGCGCCCCUACUACCUGCACCUCCUGGAGCUUUUCUUGCAGACUGCCUACCAGACUGAGCUCGGGCAGAUGCUGGACCUCAUCACCGCUCCCGUUUCCCAGGUGGAUUUGAAUCGCUUCAGCGAGCAGAGGUAUAAGGCAAUUGUUAAGUACAAGACGGCGUUCUACUCCUUCUACCUGCCUGUGGCCGCUGCCAUGUACAUGGCUGGUAUUGACAGUAAGGAGGAGCAUGACAAUGCCAAAGCGAUCUUGCUGGAGAUGGGUGAAUUCUUUCAGAUCCAGGAUGAUUACCUGGACUGCUUUGGGGACCCGGAGCUGACAGGGAAGGUUGGCACUGAUAUCCAGGACAAUAAGUGCAGCUGGCUGGUGGUGGAGUGUCUGCGUCGGGUCACGCCAGAGCAGAGGCAGAUCCUGGAGGAGAACUAUGGCUGUAAGGAGCCUGAGAAGGUGGCAAAGGUGAAGGAGCUCUAUGAUACUCUGGGCAUGAGGGCUGCUUUUCAGGAGUACGAGGAGAGCAGCUAUCAGCGCCUGCAGGAACUGAUCAAAAAGCACGCCGACCGCCUCCCCAAGGAGAUCUUUCUUGGCCUAGCUCGGAAGAUUUACAAGCGCCAGAAGUGAUGAUGGUGGGCCCGUCUGUGGACUGCUUGGCCUUUGCUGAGGGG